UGGAGUAGUAGUGAUGCUUCGCUGUAACGUUACAGUUUCCGACACCUUCUUUUUAUAACUCAGCUCUGUCCCCUCCACUCGACCUGUCAAAACCACGCCUAUGGAGCAACACAAUUGGUCCGAAAGCGUCAAAUAGCCAAUCAACAGGGCUCUGCUCCUUGCAACACACAACACAUCCAUAGAAUCCGGAGUCCAGAGCGCACACAAGCGCAGGGAAAAUCUUAGUGUUGAGGUUUCGCCUUCUCUCUCUCCUUUCACUGGAGACUGACUCUCUCUUCUUUAUUCGUGUGCAGGGAAAGAUACGAAUUGUUCUACAUAAGCGACGCAUCUCAAAAGAUCUACUGCUACAAACAUUUUGUGCAAGGAGAUAAAAAAAGGCAUACCCUUUUUUAAGGAAAAAAUACCGAACUACAUUCCUCUGGCUUCCCUGUACGCACAUUCUUGACAUAUAUAUUGGCCAUGCGACAAGAAGAAAAGUAACCGUAUUUGACUUAGAGAAAAACGGGCGCUUUCAAUGCACAACGCGGAGAGAGAACGGGAUCACAUUUCUCAUUUUGAUUUUCUGAUUUUUUUUGAGGGAUAAACAAAUAUAAAUAAAUAAAAAAAAAGGUUCCUUACCUUGCCAGCUGAUAGUCUUACUGGGAUAAGUCUUGGGUUUGACACUUGCAAGCCUUAAAACUUUUUUCCUUGGUGAAAGAAAAUGUGCUACUAAAGGAGGCAUUGAUCGAAUAAAACCACACACAAAAUAAGCAACAUCUGGAGCUUCGUUGGUGGAGUGGAUGAAUUUACCGAUGAUAGAUCCAGUUUUUCCAGGAACGAGUAUGGCAUAUCAUCCAUUUUUAUCUCACCGGGCGCCGGACUUUGCAAUGAGUGCUAUGUUGGGGCACCAGCAUUCCUUUUUCCCGGCCCUUGCGUUGCCCCCGAACGGUGCUGCGGCGCUCUCCCUCCCGGGAGCCCUGGGCAAGCCCAUUAUGGAUCAGCUGGUUGGCGCUGCGGAGACCGGCCUGCACUUCUCUUCUCUGGGUCACCAGGCUGCUGCCGCCCAUCUCAGGCCUCUCAAAACCCUGGAGCCAGAAGAAGAGGUUGAAGAUGACCCCAAAGUCCACCUGGAAUCUAAGGAGCUUUGGGAGCAGUUUCACAAGCGCGGUACUGAAAUGGUUAUCACAAAAUCAGGAAGACGAAUGUUCCCUCCGUUUAAAGUGAGGUGCACUGGUUUGGAUAAAAAAGCCAAGUAUAUUUUGUUGAUGGAUAUCGUUGCGGCCGACGACUGCAGGUACAAAUUCCACAACUCUCGCUGGAUGGUAGCCGGCAAGGCUGAUCCUGAAAUGCCCAAGCGAAUGUACAUUCACCCGGACAGCCCGGCCACUGGAGAGCAAUGGAUGUCCAAGGUUGUCAAUUUUCACAAACUUAAACUGACAAACAACAUCUCCGAUAAGCAUGGAUUUACGAUUCUUAACUCCAUGCACAAAUACCAGCCCAGGUUUCACGUUGUGAGGGCCAACGAUAUUUUAAAGCUUCCGUACAGUACUUUUCGGACUUAUGUAUUCCCAGAAACCGACUUCAUCGCCGUGACUGCAUACCAGAACGAUAAGAUAACUCAAUUAAAAAUUGACCACAAUCCCUUUGCCAAGGGUUUUCGUGACACGGGCAACGGCAGAAGGGAGAAGAGGAAACAGUUGGCCUUGCAGUCCAUGAGAUCCUAUGAGGAGCACCAGAAAAAAGACAACGUGACAUCGGACGAGUCCUCCAGUGAGCAAGCGACCUUCAAAUGCUUUGGUCAGGCCUUGUCCCCGGCUGUGUCGAAAGACCUCUGUCCCAGUGAUUUAGACAGCGACAACGAAAGCAAAGAUGGGCACCAACCGGAGCGAAAUGACUCCAGUAAGAUCUCCACUACAACUAAUGAGGACUCGAGGGAUGAGAAAGAGAGCCCGUCCAAAAAACACUUAUUUACCGCUAAUGACCCUGUGAGCAGGGGUAGAGAGGAGCCCCUGAGGACUGAACGGAGCCCCGCUGACUCCAGACAGAGCCCCGCCACCAUCACCUCGAGCACGACAGGGAUGCCGGGCAGGAAGGACAUUAAAAGCCCUAUCCUUGACCCUCCUAAAGUGGACGAGUGUAGGCCACCGAACAAGGAAACGUAUGUGCCCUUGACAGUUCAAACAGACAGCAGCGCUCACUUGAGCCAGGGACACAUGCAUCAUUUUGGAUUUCCACCUGGUUUGGCUGGACAACAGUUUUUUAACCCUCUGAGUGCUACGCACCCAUUUCUCUUGCACCCAAGUCAGUUUAACAUGGGCGGCGCAUUUUCUAACAUGGCUGCUGCGGGCAUGGGCCCCUUGUUGGCAGCUGUUUCGUCAGCGGGUGUUAGCACGAUGGAGACCGCUAGCAUCGCCUCCUCAGCCCAAGGACUGACUGCCACCUCUUCACUCCCCUUCCACUUACAGCAGCACGUACUGGCUUCACAGGGUCUGGCAAUGUCACCAUUCGGGAGCCUUUUCCCUUAUCCGUACACCUACAUGGCAGCAGCUGCAGCUGCCUCGGCCUCUUCAGCAGCGUCGUCCUCUGUGCAUCGCCACCCUUUUCUGAACGCAGUGCGCCCCCGUCUCCGGUACAGCCCUUACUCCAUCCCCAUGGGUCUACCGGACAACAGCACCCUCCUUACCACGGCACUACACACUAUGGCCAACAGCGCAGGAGAGCCCAAACCGAGCAACAUGGCAACCAGCCCGGUCUCUGCAGCUAUGGACUCGGCCUCCGAGGUCAAGAGCAGGUCCUCCACUAUAUCUUUAGGAUCGGUCUCCCUUUCUCCAAAAAUGUGCUCAGAAAAGGAAUCGACCAACGAACUGCAAAAUAUCCAACGCUUGGUCAGCGGACUUGACUCUAAACAGGACAGAUCAAGAAGUGGGUCUCCGUAGGGAAGGGGGAAAAAAGAAUCACUGAAAGAUAACUAACUAAUUAAAAGGAGUUCCGUCUCCAGCUAAGGCGGGUUUGGUUUUUGCAGAUCUAUCAAACCAAUCUUUUCAAUGCACUUUGUUUAAAAUAAAUAAGUACAUAAAUAAAUAAAUACUAAAAAUAAAUAAAGAAAAUAAAUCUCUCCGGCUACUUUGAACAUCUACGUAUUUCAUUGAUUUCUGUAUUUUGAAUACCACAACAGUAUUGGAGAGGCUGGAGAGAUUGUACGAAUAACAAAAAUAGAACGUUGCUGCUACGCCAUCUCCUCCAGUGUUUCUUUGACUUACAAGUUAUAUUUUUCAGGUUCUGGCUAAGAAAUAAAAAAAAAAUAAUAGAAAAAAGAGAGACAGUUUGUAAAGCUAUCCCUGGUUAAGCGUGUAGUAAGGUAUACUAUAUAUAUAUAUAUAUAUAUAUAUAUAUAUAUAUAUAUAUAUAUAUAUAUAUAUAGUGUAUACCUUAACAUAUAAUAGUGUGAUGAUGUCUGAAAAAAGUAAAGACUUUGCAUGUCCUUAUGUCAAGGUUUCCUUUUGAUUUCUCUUUUGAUUAUUUUAAGCACCAAGAUUAAGAGUAGCAGCAAUACUUACACUGCAGAAAGAAAAGAUUAAAGAAUAGAUAACCUAGCCCCUUAUUGAAAAAUUACAUAUUCAAAAAUGGAAAUACGUUUUUCGGGAGAAGCCUUUGAACUUGAACAGCGUUAACUUGUAUUCAGUUUUUUUUUCCUAACACAAACUGUCCAUAAUUAAAAACAAUUCUGUGUCAAUUUUUUUUUUUUUGUAUUUUUUAACAAUAAUAAAAUAAUUAUUAAAAAAUUAAAAUAAAAGGAACCUUGGACUAUAAGCAAGAAAAUAUUUAUGUAAUUAUUUGACAUUGCGUGUAAAUAUAUCAAAUUAGAGUACUUGAGAUUUUAUGUUUAAUUUAUUGAUGUUGUAAAUAUAUGUGUAAAUGAAGGUCGUUUAUUCGUUUAAGUUGUCUACAUUUCAAACUUUAAAACGAUUUCAUAAUGGGAAAUAUGUGUUCUCAAAUACGGUGUGAGCACCAACCGCCCUUACGCAGUGUGUAGUUCUAAUAAUUGCAAAGGAAAUGACGUGCCAUUGUAGCUUUGUAUCAGUGUUAAAAGUUCUACUGUCUGUUCCAAAUAAUACAGAGACAAGCUCGCCCGUGGCUUGAAAAUACGAUGAAGAUUGCUUUCCUUUUUACUCUUUUCUCCUAUUUUUUGUGUGUCAAAUGCUGAAUGGAUUUUUCAUUUAAUGCAGCUUGAAAGUAAAAGUGCCGAAAGUUAUUAAAAUAUGAAGAUUUACUUUGUGUUUAAAAAAGUGUUCAUGGCUUCUUGUAUGGAUUUUUUUAUGUUUCUUGAAAGUUUCAAUAAAAUAUUGAAAUGCA